AUUAUGUUUCAUCGUCAUGUCAGAAUGGACGAUUUGCUUGCAAGCGUGUUCCCUUUCAAUGGCGGCCUGCAGGAAGAGAGGCACCACUUGGUCCUACGUAACAGCUGACGGGGGGUCGCCCAUCCGAGAGGAUCAACUAGCUCUUUGAUAGUCAUUUUCAUAUAGUCCUCGUUUUUCCUUGGAAUUCUGUGAGCGAUACUGUCUGUGCGACUUUGCAAAUGGCGGCCAGGGCUAUUUUGCUCAGCAGGGAGGCAAUCAAGAAGGUGGCCGGGAAUGAUGGGACUUUCAAGAGGGCCAUUGAAGUUCAGGCCUCAAACAAGAUGACGGAGAUUGAGUUCUCUGGUGAACAGUUCAUACAUGGGAAAGCAAAGUGCGAAGGGUCGUCCCCAAGGGACGUUUACAUUCUCAAGUUUGAACUGGACCCCAGCAUGCCCUCUGCAAGACCACAGGCAGACUGCUCCUGUCCAUCUGCACAGAGGGGGCUGUGCAAGCACGUUGUUGCGCUGCUGCUGACCAGAGCUGACCAGAUUGAAGCAGAAGAGCGGCUGAGAGCCAGGGAGCGCCUAGCCGCCGCACGCGCAGACGCCACUGGAAAGGCAGUCCUCGCCGAAGAUCUUCCCCCGCCACCCCCCCUGGAAGCACCACCGCCCGUCACCUCUGCAGCAGUCGAAGGAGGGCCCUCAGAAGUAGCGGCAGUAUUUCAGCCCAUGAUCACAAACGCCUUGGCAGCAGGGAGUGCGCUGAGCGCAGCGGGGGGGGCUGCCGAGGCGUCGAGCAGCAGGUCGGGAAAGCGGGUGCUGCCCCCCUGGCUGCAGCCAAAAUCAGCGAAGCCCGAGAAGGGAAAGGGAAAGGGGCGUCCGAGCGCAGAGGGGAUUGCGGACAUUCGGACGCUGCUCGGUAAGAAGCGUCCGCUGGAAGUGGUCGCGAAGCAGCCACCCCGGCGGAGGGCCCGGGGUGCAAAGAUCGUGCAGGAAGACAGUGAGGAGGAAGGGGGGGACGACGAAGCGGGGGGUUCCAGGGGGGGUGACGUGGCGCCGCGGGAGAGGUCGACACGGCGAGCGGCGGUUGCAGGGAGCCGGAGGCUGAGGGAGGUGGCUGAGGACGAAGAGGAAGGAGGUAAAGAGGAUGACGGCAUGGAUGACGAGGAACUGGGGCGAGGAGGAAAGACUGAUGCGCAGAGGCAAAUGGGGGGGACGUUGGGGGUAAUGGAAGACACGGGGACGCUGGGUUACGACUGGGAGAACUGGGGUUCGAUCGUGGAGAACAUGCGGGAGAAUGAGCAGGAAACCGGAGCCGAAGCAUCAGCGGUUGCACAGAAUGGCCGAAAAGAACCCGACUCCUUAUGGGACGGGGAGGACGAGGAUGCACUACCCCAAAGGAGUCGAGCGUCGUCUCGACGGGGUCAGCGAGUCGAGGAAAUGGCGACGGGCAGAGGCGGAACGAGGAACAGGCGGCGGGCAGUGAUCGAAGAGGAAGAUGAGGAGAGCGCUCCUGUCGAGGAAGCAGGGCUGCGAAGAGGGCGGGAAGGGAGAGGACCAGGAGAGGAGUCGCAGGCGCACCGGCCGCAAUCCGCCCAACAGCCGAACCGCGACGCACCGCAACCCCAGGCACCCCCGAUGACUCCGGCGCAGGCGCCCGACACUGAGCCGAUCGUCCCUAAGAAGAAGAAGAACUCCCUUUUCUCGCUGAAGAAUUUCAAGGACGCCGUCCGCGGUCUAACCGACGAAGAAGCGGGGCAGUUGCUGUCGUCAAUGGCCCCUCCCCAACUCCCGGUCUCCGAAACCCCGCCCUUGGAACCCCUUUUUGGCAGUCUACCAGUUCCAGAGUCCGUCGGGAGCCCUACGCGGAACGGUGAAUUAGAGCAGCCACACGUCGAGAGUUUGCCGCGGGAGUCCAGCCCGCCGCCCCUUCUGAGCGACGUUGUCGAGAACGUUCCGACGGCGGCUACGGAAUCCGGUGCUUUUGCGGACGUUCUGCAGAAGGAUACGGAUUCCAGUGCUCUUGCAAACGUCUUGAAGCCGUUAGCGGAAGCGGAAGCUGGAGCUCAUGAGGAGGUGCCGGCAGAGCCAAAUGCGCCGUCGGGCGAGUUCAACCCCCUGGAAGCCAUGUUAAGCGUCCUCAAUACGACGGGUUCACGGGCCAAGAGGAGAGCGGCCAAGGCGGCCGCGAACACGGCCGCGGGAGCGCCCUCGAUCGCUGCCCCCACUGGCGAAGUUUCUGCUCGGGAACCAUCUGCUCUUGAAGCUUCGGCGUCUGCGCCUGCGCCCCCAGCGCGUGAGCCGCUUUCUCGUGAAACCCCUUCUCAGCAAAUCCCCGCUUCUGGUGAAAGGUUUCCUCAGAGUCGGGCGCCGCUUGUUGAAACCCGGAGGAAAGAGGCGGAGGCGAACGUGGUUAUGGAGAGUGGUCAGCCGGAACCCAGCGGAGAAAACGGGCAGCUUGAGUCGAAGCCCAGAAGCCCGUCGAGGCUGCCUCGCGUCGGCGAGGUGGGGAAGGCGAGUAUGGAGCAGACGGGCUCCGUCUCCGUUGCCGGUCCCUUGAAACGGAAAGUCAAGUUCGGGGCAAUGCUACGGCCACAAGGUGAAUUGAAAGCAUGACCGUCGCAUAUCAGGUCUCUGGCAGGAGGAGCAUGUUGUACGGUCCUACUGCAAUCUCUGCUAUCCCUCUGAUUGUACACAACUCUGUCAAUGUAUAUAGGAUCUUUUCGCAGAAGGAUUGCGCCUCAAGCAAGCUACUGUUUCUAGAGUGCCAGUACUGCCACUAACUUCAACAGCUAGACAGCCUGUAUGCUAGAACGUCAAAUCUGUCGUUUGCUCUGAGCAGAACUUAUGUUGACGCAGAUAUGUGAAAUGGCCCGUAGGGGCCACGUCCAUUGUACAUGACCAUGAUUGGACAGCUCGGAGUGGAAAUCCGAUGCAGUCAAUCAUCAAUGCUAGCUAUCGGGGCGC